GCAGCGCUUCCCUUCCUCUCCGCCGGCAUCGGCCACACAUUGUCAUGGCCCUCAACGUUACGAUCAGCCGGUCACCCCGUCUGUUGUAUACCCGUCGCAUGGCCGCAUCACUGCACAUGUCUAUAUUACCUACGACCCUCACCAAUCUCCAUAGCCUGAGAUCACAGCACAAUUUCGCAUCACAUCCGCAAGCUUCCCUUCUUGGCUCACGAGUAGGGAAGUACUGUUCGUUCCCAAACCCAGUCUCUAAUGCCUUCAACAUCUCCGCCCGCUCCCUUGGCUCGUACGCAUACCACAAGAAAUACCUAGAAACAGAUGUACUCGAGGUAGAGCGCAAGUUUGUCCCAACAGAGGAGUCAAUCAAGCACCUGCGCGCCAACAGCGGUUUACCUCCAUUCGACCCCUUCGCAUACAUUGGCAGUGAGAUCAUUGCGGAUAUCUACUAUGACACGGACCACGAAGGCGGUUACUUCAUGGAGAAGGGUAUCUAUAUGCGCAAGCGCAAUGGCGUCUCGGAGGUCAAGAUUCGACGCGCCGGGGGCGGCAAGGAUACUGCUUUCACCGAAGUACAUGAUAGAGAAAAUAAGGAGAAGAUUCUGGAACAGAUGCGCGAUAAUCCUGUGCGGGCUAUUGCCCAGUGGAAGACGCAGAGGGAGCAAUGGCGCGUGGAAGACUUCACUCUCGUGGUUGACACAACGCACUUUGGCGAUGAAGACGAUGAGGAAUCGAUGCACAUUGUUGGCGAAGUGGAAUGGUGCGGGGCUGUGGCAGAAGAUGAAGAGCAGGAGAUGUCCAAGACUAUGGAUAAGAAGAUCAAGGCGUUUAUGAAAACGUAUCAGUGGGCUUUUCCAGCUGAAGAGGUGCCGAUGAGUAAGCUGACAGCGUACUUUAAGCUUCGAUAG